AUGAGUUAUCGCACGGAUUCAGACAUAUAUGUGCCGUACGGGUCAGUCAUCCCUUGUGAUAAUAAGUGGCAAAACGAAAACCUCUUCGACGGUAAGACUCGAAACGUCGCGUGGAUUGUGUCCAACUGUCACUCGAAGAGCAAACGAGAGGAAUAUGUCAAAGAACUGGUUAAGUACAUCGAUGUCGAUAUCUUUGGAAAGUGUGGUACAAACUAUUGUCCACGAAAUGACUCGUGUUAUCAAAUGCUUGAAAAGAAAUACAAGUUUUGCAAAGACUACGUGACGGAGAAGUUGUUUCAGUAUAUUCAGUACGAUAUGAUUCCCGUAGUGUACGGAUCGGCGAACUAUUCGCAAAUAAUGCCAAAGAAUUCAUACAUAAAUACCGCUGAUUUUGGUUCACCUCAAGAGCUGGCGAAUCAUCUGAAGGAGAUCUCGAGUGAUAAGCAAAAGUACAACUCGUAUAUGAAUUGGAAGAAUAAUUAUUGCGUUAAAAUAACUCAUUAUAAGUACUUUUGUAACUUAUGUGAGAAACUGAAUGUCGAUUCCGAUCGCAAAUUGUAA